GGCCCCGGGCUGGGAAAGGCCUGGUCAGCUGUGUCCGGCGGAGGCAGCUGCUGACCCAGCUGUGCCCUGUGCCAAGGGCGGGGGACCGGGGGGGCCAGAACCCCUGGGUUCCCCGGGGGCGGAGGCGGCAUCAUGGACCACCUCGGGGCGCCCCUCUGGCCCCGAGUUGGCCCCCUCUGUCUCCUGCUGGCUGGGGCAGCCUGGGCGCCCCUACCCAACUCUCCAGACCCCAAAUUUGAGAGCAAAGCGGCCCUGCUGGUGGCCCGAGGGCCCCAAGAGCUUCUCUGCUUCACGGAGCGGCUGGAGGACUUGGUGUGUUUCUGGGAGGAAGAAGCAAGCUCCGGGGUCACCUCCAGCAACUAUACCUUCUCCUACCAGCUCGAGGGCGAGCCUCGGAAGCCCUGUCACCUGCACCAGGCGCCCACCACCCUGGGUGCCGUGCGCUUCUGGUGUUCGCUGCCCACGGCCGACACGUCGAGUUUCGUGCCCCUGGAGCUGCGCGUCACGGAGGCCUCCUCCGGCUCCCCGCGUUAUCACCGGGUCAUCCACAUCAACGAAGUGGUGCUCCUGGACGCCCCCACGGGGCUGCAGGCACGGCGGGCGGAGGAGAGCGGCCAAGUGAUGCUUCGCUGGCUGCCGCCGCCUGGGGCACCCAUGACAACCCACAUCCGCUACGAGGUGGACGUCUCUGCGGGCAGCAGUGCAGGGGGAGCGCAGAGAAGGCGUGCCUCUGGACGCCCCUCCCCUCGGCCCCGCCCCCAGGUGGAGAUCCUGGAGGGCCGCACUGAGUGCGUGCUCAGCAACCUGCGUGGCGCCACGCGCUACACCUUUGCGGUUCGAGCGCGUAUGGCCGAGCCCAGCUUCAGCGGCUUCUGGAGCGCCUGGUCUGAGCCUGCGUCGCUGCUGACGGCUAGCGACCUGGACCCCCUCAUCCUGACGCUGUCCCUCAUCCUCGUGCUCAUCGUGCUGCUGCUGGCCGUGCUUGCCCUGCUGUCCCACCGCCGGACUCUGAAGCAGAAGAUCUGGCCUGGAAUCCCAAGCCCCGAGAGUGAGUUUGAAGGCCUCUUCACUACCCAUAAGGGUAACUUCCAGCUCUGGCUGUCACAGCAUGACAGCUGUCUGUGGUGGAACCCCUGCACCCCCUUUCCGGAGGAACCGCCCACCCGCCUGGAAGUCCUCUCCGAGCGCUGCUGGGGGGUGCCCCAGGUAGUUGAGCCGGGGGCAGAUGAUGUGGGGCCCCUGCUGCAGCUGGUGGGCCGUGAGCAUGCCCAGGACUCCUACCUGGUGCUGGACAAGUGGCUGUUGCCCCAGAGCCCGCACGGCAAGGGCCUCCCAGGGCCUGGAGGCUGCACUGACAUUGUGGCUGUGGACAAAGACUCCGAAGCGUCUUCCUGCUCAUCUGCUUUGGCCUUGAAGCCCGAGCCGGAGGAGGCCCUGGCAACCAGCUUUGAAUACACCAUUCUGGACCCCAGCUCCCAGCUCUUGCGCCCACGGGUGCUGUGUCCCGAGCUGCCCCCCACCCCACCCCACCUGAAGUACCUGUACCUCGUGGUGUCUGACUCUGGGAUCUCAACUGAUUACAGCUCAGGGGGCUCCCAGGGAGCCCAGGGGGUCCCAUCCGAUGACACCUACUCGAACUCCUAUGAGAACAGCCUUGUCCCUACCCCUGGGCCCCUCACCCCCAGCUACGUGGCCUGCUCGUAGGACCCCAGCCCAAGACUGUGGACAGGGAGGGGGAGCCCACCCUGAGCGCUGAUGAGCAUGGCCAUCGACCCAAACCAUUCUGCCCAGAAAGUCACAAGCUUGCAGUAUCUGAAAAUAUGUAUAGUUUUUCUUUUGUGUGUGUGUAUAUAUAUAUAUAUAUAUAUAUAUAAAUUUAUAUGGAAGUUUUUCUACCAUGACUUUUACAAACACCCCAGAAGCCCCAUCUUUCCCUGUGCCCAAGCCACAGUCUGAAAUUCUGGACCUGAAAAUCUGAAUACUAACCCUAAUAAAAUAAAUUAGUACCUGUUA